UUUUGUUUGUUUGUUUGGUUUUUUUGAGACAGGAUCUCACUAUGCGGCCCAAGCUGGCCUUAAACCCACAAUACUCCUGCCUCAGCAUAUCUGGUAUGGGGAUUACACCAUCACAGCUUGUGGCCCCCAUCUUAACUAUGAGAUUUUAUUUUUAAAUUGAUGAGGUCCCCUUUAAGAACAAAUAAUCACUAAAGAUGUCAUACCUCCCUUCCUAGAUCUGUUUGGAGAAAAGAGAUAAACAUUUUCAGUAAAAACCUAGAAUUCUCAGGUAGCCAAGGAUGACUUUGAACUUCAGAUCCUCCCACCACCUCCUGAGUGCUACAAUUGCAGGUGUGUGCCACCGUGCCAAGUUUAUGUGACCCUGGAGUUUGUAACCAGCACUUCCUGCAUACUAGGUAAGUUGUCUACCGAUUGAUCUAUGUCUCCACUAUGAUUUUACAUUGAAUAUUAAUAUCUCAUAUUUAUUGAGCACCAAACUUCUCCAUACAGUAUCUCACAAAUCCUCUCAAGGACUUUGCAAGGUAGGUGCUGUCUCUACCUGCAGUUUUGUAAAUGACAUAGAGAAACUCAGAAGGCCUGAGUGCUCACGGCUGUGCUCACAGGUGUGCUCACAGGUGUGCUCACAGGAGUGCUCACAGGUGUGCUCACAGGUGUGCUAAUAGGUGUGCUGUCAGGUGUGCUCACAGGUGUGCUCACAGGUCUGCUCAUGGUUGUGCUCACAGGUGUGCUGAUAUGUGUGCUGAGAGUUGUGCUCAUAGGAGUGCUCAUGGGUGUGCUAAUGAAUGUGCUCACGGGUGUGCUCACAGUUGUGCUCACAUGAAUGCUCAUAGUGUGCUCACAGGUGUGUUCACGGGUGUGCUCUUCAUGGCUCUCACUAUAGUGGCCUGUGUGUGUCACAGUAGCAUGGUUUCUUUGGUUUGCCAUUUGUUUGGGUUUUGUUUACUUCCUUGUUGCUAUGGUAAAAGAUGCUAACAAAACAAUUUAAGGGUUUAUUUUGACUCAUAGUUCCAGAAGGGUACAAUCAUCUCAGCAGGGAAGACACAUUGGCAGGUGCAGGAGGCUGGCUAGUCACACUGCCUCUGCACCCAGGAAGCAGAAAAGGAACACAAAGUGGGACCCAACUAUACAACCUCCAAGCCUGACUCCAGUGACCCAGUUUCUCUGAAGAAACUCCAACCCACAAAGGUUCCACAAGGGUCCCAAAUGUGGGCCGCCUGCCCCCAUCACUGGCAGUCCCAGGAUCCAGAGGAGCCGGGGAGCAGGGUCUCGGUGUGAGUGCAAAGGGUGUGAAGGGCCCUGGAGACUGUUUCUUAGGACAGGUCUAUUAAAAUGGCAGGGCCAGCUUAUCUAUCUGUGGGCACAGGGGAGAAGGAAAAUGAAGUCAAGGAAGGAAGUGCUGCAGUGGAGGACUGGGCCCUCUGAGCAUUCCAGUCAGAUUAGCAGACUGUGUUGCUGGUCACAUGAUCCCUGAAAAGCCAGUUCUUUAGAGGAGGGAGGGGAGGAAGGACAGGACACAGAAAUGAGACUGACUUUAUCACGAUGUAGCUUUUGUCUCUAUGGAGUUCGAUUAGGCCCAGUCUUGAAUUGGGUAGGUAGAGACCACACUCCUGCCGUGCUCUCUGAGAGAUGUCCAGGGUAUGGGCAAUUCUCCACUGUCCCUCAUCUGGCUUGGGAACCCACACCCAAGCAGUACCACCAGCUGGGGACCAAGUGUGCAAACACGCUGGAGAGGGAAUGUCUCACAUCAAAACUAUAAUACCUGCUUAUCCUGGGGUCCUCACCAUGGAUAACUGGAGGUCAUAGAACAACACUAACAGGGUGUCGUAUUUGAACACCUAAGACCCCGCUGAGAACAGAAAGACUGGCUCAGACUGAUGACCGGACCUCAGUGUCCUGGCAGAGCCUGGCCGUGCUUCCUGUUCCCCUACAGGAGCCUGACUGUUGACUUGUCUGUGGUCCCAGUGACCCCCUCACGGCCCCCUUUCCAGGUUCCCCACAAGGUGGUCACCCACAGCUCUUGUCUCAGCCUCCUGUCCUGGACCAGUGUGUUCCAGUCCCUCCUGCAGUCAUCGCUUCUGUGUGGUUGCUCUCAUGGCUUCUCUGCUUUCUCCCCCACCGUCGUUCAGAGAAGCCUCUCUUCUUCAGAGCACAGGAGACCACACUCUCCAUCCUGCCCUGAGGCUUCCACACCCACACAUUCUCCAGGCCUCAGAGCUACUGGCCACUUUGUGAGCUGCAUGGAGAGGUAACCACUUCCUGAGGUAAGGGCCAUAGAGACUGGGCACCCCUGUACAAAGCUCACCCUCUUGGUCAGAAGGAGCAGGUGAAGUAACCCUGGGCCACAGUUGUGCCCUCUGCAUGGCUGCAGAUGCAUGCCUGCUCUGCUCUCAGUGAUGCAUGCUGCCAGGUCUGCACUCAGCAUCCUUGGACUUCUUACUCCAUGCUGGGAGGGGUGAGGAGGAGAUGUCACCUCAGCGAGCAGUUCAGCUGCUGAAAGCCACCUUCCCAUGGCCCACGUUCCUCCUAGACACCCCGCCUCGCCACUGACUGACACUGCUCUCUAAAGUCUUAGCACCCUGUGCCAGGUUGGUCAAAGGCUUCCCCUGCCUCUCAGACCUCCUCACACGGGGUCUGGGCUUCCUCACUGCAUGUAGAGCCGCACACAUCUGUCCCUUUCCUCCCCAGAGUCUUUCUCAAGUCCUGUGCCAUCUGGGUCACCCCUGGUCCCCUGGCACCCCAGCUGCUACACAACAUUGUUAUUUAAAGGAGCUUCCCUGUUCCUAUAGUAUUUUAAUUUUUUGUUUUGUUGUUUAUUUUGAGACAGGGUCUCAUGUAGUCCAGACUGAACAUGUUGUGUAACCAGGGAUGAACUUGACCUCACAACCACCAGUCUCCACCUCCCAAGGUCUAGGAUUGGCAUCACACACCAGCAUGCCUGGUUCUCUGCUUGCUCAUCUGCUGACUAUGAACAGCCUGUAGCUAGUGAUUUCUUGGAGCUCAUGUAAUAACAUUUUAUUUAUUUACUUUAAGUUUUCACGCAUGUAGAAGUCAGAGAAGACCUUUUGGGAGUUGAUUCUCUCCUUCCCCCAUGUGGGCCAUGGAGAUCAAACCCAGGUUAUCAGUCUUGGUAGCAAGUGUCCCUGCCUGCUGAGCCGUCUUGCUGUCCUGUGACAGUUAUUUUUGAAAUAUGCUUGAUGAGUACAGUCUUUCAAGUGACAUUAGUAGUGACUGUGACAUGUUGGGAAGCUGGGUAUAUGGGGGUAACACGAGGCUGGGGCUCCCCUUUCCCCUCCUCCUUUCUGAGCUCUCUCCAUUCAUACCCAGAUUUGGGGUUUCCCACACUAAUCAGGACCCCCUUGCUCUUCCAUUCCUGAGAAUGCAUGUCCACCCCCUUCUCCUCAUCCCCUCUAGUCCACAUGGGACUUCCUGGUUCCCAGGUGGGCCAAUCAGGAAAGAUCUGACCUCUGAGAGCAAGGUUGGUUUAGAGUUCUAGCCCGGUCUCUAAAGGGUCUCUGGUUCUGUCACCUGCCUUCAGUGGGAGCCAGAUGUGGGUAGAAAACAGAAACUUGAGGCUAAAGAGGAAGUGGGGGGAAUUGUGGGCAUGUUGAGGAGAAAUGAGCAAAACUCUUAACUUCACUAUAGUUUCUUCCUGGGUUUCAUCAGCAUUUCUCACCCUGGUCUUCUGAGGCAGGAGACUACAACAUCUCUGUGAGUCUUUAUCUAGUUCAGUACAGAAGCCUUGAACCAGAGCCUGUGCUGGAGGAGCCACAGGGCCACACAGGCUUUGCUCAGCUUCCAUCUUGUCCUCCAAGGUCCCGACUUCCUCAGCAGUUCACACUACACUGGCUGUGGGGGCUGCCUGGACCCUGCCCUGACCUGGUCUCCUCUCCUCAGAGCAUCCCUGUCUCCUUCCCUGCUUGCUCCCCUACAGCUCGAAAAGAGGACCUAUGGCCUGGGAGGCCACAUACCUGCUAUCCUCCAUCCUGCUGGUGCUCCUGGCCUCAGGCUUUGGGGCAGAGAAUACAGAGUUAUUUCAAACAGUGGAGGGCCAGACAUUUUCUGUGGAAUGCCGGUAUUCUCACAGCCAACAAGUCAACUUGAUGAAGGUGUGGUGUCAGCAAACAUCAACAGAACGUUGUAAACUGUUAGUGUCCAGUCUCAGCACAGAUACCUGGCGGCCAAAAUUCUCCAUCCGGGACUAUCCUGGCUCUCACUUCUUCACUGUCAACAUGACUGCACUCACAGUGAGAGACUCGGGUCGCUAUUAUUGUGGGUUCUUGGACAAUCUCGGAAUAAUCGGUGUUCUCAGAAGGUUCCACCUGGUGGUGUCAAGAGAUUCUUCAGAUGCGUCCACUUCUGACAUCAUAACUACUAUACACCCAAUUGAAGUUCCCACUCUGAUAGCCACAAAAUACCUGCGCAGAAACAGGACUAUGACCCCAUCCGCAGCUGCUGUCUCUUCUGACAUCAUAACUACUAUACGCCCAACUGAAGUUCCCACCCUGAUAACCAAAAAAUACCUGCGCAGAGACAGGACUUUUACCCCAUUCACAGCUGCUGUCUCUUCUUACAUCAUAAGUACUAUACUCCCAACUGAAGUUCCCAUCCUGAUAACCACAAAAUACCUGCCCAGAAACAGGACUAUGACCCCAUCCAUAACUGCUGUCUCUUCUCCUGACCCUGGAGUCACCUACACAAAUGUGACAAAUGUUCCCAGGGUCUCCAUAUCCAGCAUUGUUGUUCCUGUGGUCUGUGGACUCCUCAAUAAGACCCUUAUCUUCACUGUCUUGUUUGUUGUCACAUGGAGGUCAUUUGGAGGACAGACCAUGAAGUCACACAACAGUGGCCUUUGAUUUUAAGCCAUGUCCUUUUCAGAAGAACUGGGGGUGAGGGAGGGGCUAAGGAGGGACUGUGACAUGAAGUGAGCCUGUAAUCAUGGAUGACAUCUAAGAUCAGAAUUCCCCUGCUGGCCCUGCCCACUCCCCUCAGUCCAUCUAUCAUCUUGAGUAUGUACUCUGUACCCUGAGAAAAGGAAUAACGGUGCCUAGCACCCCCUGGCUAUUCCACCUGAAAGGAUGAAUUAGCCUGAAAUAAAGAAAGAGUCCCGUG